AUGACCAAGGUAGAACAGCUUGAAGUGAUCGAGUGGAACGAAAAGCAUCUCUCAUCAGCCAGACACGAUCUUUCGUCUUCGGGCGCCUCCAACAUCUCCCUCGCUGAACUCCUGGAACUCUCGGAGGACAGAACGCAUUCUGAAAAGGCCCUGUCGCUGAGCGAACUAAGACUCCAGGGGAAUGAGCUUGGCUUGGGCCAUGUGGAAUUGCGGAGGAAUCUAGCAGCCCUCUACUCUGCGCGCUCUGCAGGAGUGACCGAGCAUGACAUUAUAAUCACCAAUGGAAGCGCUGCUGCAGACUAUACCAUAUUUUCCGCGCUGCUGCGUCCUGGGGACCAUGUCAUCUGCCAACAUCCGGUUGAGGAGCUGCUUUACAAAAUACCGGCGUCUCUGGGCGCGGAGGUAACUUGGUGGAAUGCAGACCCAGCGAAGAAGUGGGGACUUGAUAUCGAGGAGCUAAAGACAUUGAUCAAGGACAAUACCAAGCUGAUUGCGAUCCAAAGUCCCUGUGAUCCAACGGGCGCAAUAGUACCCAGACCUGUUCUCGAGGCUCUCGUGGAAGUGGCAGAAGAAGAGGGCAUAAUUAUUCUGGCGGACGAGACAUACAGGCCUCUUUUCCAUUCGAUAUUGCCGUCGGAUGAUGACUUUCCACCGUCCACAAUCAACCUGGGCUAUAAGAAAGUCGUCGUGACAGGCGCAGUGACUAGAGCAUACGGUUUGGCCGGGACGAGAGCUGGUUGGAUUGCCACAAAGGACAGGAGCAUUCUUGAGGCCUGCAAGAGAUUUAGGCGUCUCCAAUCCACCACUGCGUCGACACUUGAUGAAGUGGUUGCCGCCGAGGCCGUGAGCGACAGGUGCAUUCACGCAUUGUUAGCCAGAAACAUCAAGUUAUGCCAAACCAACCUAGAUCUGCUUCAAGGUUUUGUGGAAGAACACAGCUGGUCAUGCUCUUGGGUCAAGCCGCGGGCCGGGACAACAGCAAUGCUCAAGUUCCACAAGAUGGGAAAGCCUAUCGACAGUGAGGGGUAUUGUUCACAGUUGCUCGAGCACUCCAGCAUCCUCCUCUGUCCCGCAGGCAAAUGCUUCGGGAACAGUCAGACUAUGCGCGGGUAUGUGAGGGUCGCGUUCGGAGGAUCGACUGACGAGGUGAAAGCUGCCCUUGCAGCGUGGAGGUCGUUCAUGGAAGACAGUUUUGAAUCGGUGCCGACACUGUCGACCGCGUCAAAGAGCUGA